GCGACACGUCGAUCAUUUGGGAAGAACGUUAGGACACAGAGCGCCUGAAACACAUACUACAGCAACAGGGCUUGGAGUCAGAGCCGCAGCAGGUCGAUGCGACGGUUGGUCCACAGAGGACGUCAACGCUCACGUGACGUGACAGGGCUAGGUGGCUAAGCUAAUCGACAAAACGUCGCUGAAAAUCCUCCAUCGCGUUGUGCACGCCAAAAAACGAACACGAGAAGGAUCCGGAGUCACUCGCCUGUCAUGUGUGACGUCAGCUGCGAUCCAUUUGGAGUCGCAGGCGAGUACAAGCCAGUCGCCGCAGAAACACAUUGACGCCAUGUUUGUUUGGAUCCGCACGCAACCACCACCAUGAGAGAGGAUGUCUGGGCGUCGCGUGCAAAUGAUGUCACGCCAUCCUAACCACGCCCCUUCUUCUCCUGGGACGCGAUGUUCAUGUCACACAUUCUGCACGCGAGGGGAGCGAGUGACGUCAUCACACAGAGCCUAAUCGGCGCUUGAAAAUGGGCCGGUGGGGGCGUGUCCGAGGGUUACAUAAAUUGCGACCCGCUCCAUCGCUUGAGUGCGCCUCUUCAUCGGAACCAGGUCAGCAGUCUUUUGCGGCGAGUGCUGUGUGGGUAACUUGGCUCCAACAUGGCGGCAUCACUGCUGAGAGUUGGACGACUGUCACUUGCCAAGUGUCUGCAGCUGGAGUGUGGCAGGAGUCUACGCACAGCGUCUCCUGCUGCCGCCCUCAGCUCCAAAACCAGCGGCUCGAAGAAGAAGAACUCAGACAAAAGUGCUAAAACCUACUUCGAUAUAGAGAAGCUUGUCCAGCACCAACCUGUCAGGCCUUCCAACAAAGUAUCUGCUGCUGCAGUACCAGAGUCUGCCGUGACCCCAGCUGCUGAGGCCACACCCACCGGUCAUGCUGCAUCAAUGUUGGCGAAGGCGGUGCCAGAUGUAGCACCAGUUCCUGAGGUCCAGCCAAUAGUGGAGGCGGUGCCACAUGCAGAGGUGUCAGCAGAGGCGGUGCCACUGGCGGAGGCUGCAGCAGAGGCGGUGCCACAUGCAGAGGUGUCAGCAGAGGCGGUGCCACUGGCGGAGGCUGCAGCAGAGGCGGUGCCACAUGCAGAGGUGGCAGCAGAGGCGGUGCCACUUGUGGAGGCUGCAGCAGAGGCGGUGCCACAUGCAGAGGUGGCAGCAGAGGCGGUGCCACUUGUGGAGGCUGCAGCAGAGGCGGUGCCACUUGUGGAGGCGGUGCCACUGGUGGAGGUGGCAGCAGAGGAGGUGCCACUGGUGGAGGUGGCAGCAGAGGAGGUGCCACUGGUGGAGGUGGCAGCAGAGGCAGUGCCACUUGAGGUGGCGCCAAUGGCGGAGGUGCCACUGGUGGAGGUGGCAGCAGAGGAGGUGCCACUGGUGGAGGUGGCAGCAGAGGCAGUGCCACUUGUUGAGGCGGCGCCAAUGGCGGAGGUGCCACUGGUGGAGGCUGCAGCAGAGGCUGUGCCACUUGUUGAGGCGGUGCCAAUGGCGGAGGUGCCACUGGCGGAGGCUGCAGCAGAGGCGGUGCCACUUGUGGAGGCGGUGACAGUGGAAGCGGUCACAGAGGCUGUUCCUGUGGAAGACGUGGCAGCAGCAGUCUUGAAGGCGGCGCCUGACUCUGAGAAGAUAAAGGAGGCAGCAGACGUGUCCCAAGUGGUGGAUGUGGUCGCUGAAGUGAUGGAAGCUGCGGCAGGUGGUGUUUCUGAUGCGGUGCCAGUGGUGGAGGCCAUAGCAGAAGCGGCAGGAGCUGCUGACGUGAUGCCGGUGGUGGAGGCCGUCUCAGAAGUCCUCUCACAGGUGGUGGAGUCCUCAGAGAAGCUAGCGGAAGAUGCGUCUGGUGAAGCAGCCAGAGAGGAGACCACUCCGGCAGCUUCGCUGGACCCGAUCCAGAAGCUCUUCCUGGAGGCGAUUCGAGGCUACAGUCACCAGAGCCUGGACGCCACUGGCCCGGUGGACGUGGGUCCAGACUAUCAGAAGGCCUUGGCCGAGGAGACUGCUAAGCUGCAGAGGCUCUUCGGUGGUGGGGACCUGGAGUCGUUCCCUGAGUUCAACUUUCCAGAGCCGAAGUUUGACGACGUCUCUCAGAAGUGAGCCGACCCACCUGUCUCCUGCCUUUCACCUCUGACUGCUCGUCUGCGAUCUGUGAAGCUGAAUUAGCUGCUAUUGAAAAGGGAAAUAAAAUGUUGAGCAGUUCAUUUGCUCGUGACGCUGUGUAGCGCCUGUGCUAGCUUCGCGCUGGCAGAAGCUAAAAUGCUAACAACAAACCGGCGAAGCUUGAGUGCGGUUGUCACCGAGAGUCAUUUGGAUUUAUUUCCAGAGCAAACCGUUUGUUUACAUGGAUGCGAUCACGGGUGAAGUUAAUAACGAAAGGUCUGUACACUUCCAGAGGGGACAAAAGUAUAAAUACAAGUCUGACUGAGCACACAUGCAGCUUUGUUCACCACCGGAAGCUUCCGGCAGGAAACUCGGGGGCAACCUUCCGUACCGAAACUCCUCUAAAAGAUCAAGCGCUGAACAACACAUUUGUACAUUCAUGAAAUCAUCAGCCGCUCCAAGGGACUGGUGGCGAUCUGCUGAAACGGCUCCCUACUCUUGACGUCGAAACCUUGGAGCGGAUAAAUGACACGCUUGCCAUUGCAUUUCUCUCAGCAAAGUUAAAAGACAAAGAAGAAAUUGUGACUUUAAAAUGUAAGUGGUGGUGAAGAGGUCUGGCAGAGAGGCUCAUCCUAGCUGUUAUCUGCUGGACAGCUCUAAGAGAACAAACUGCUUUUCAUUGUUGUGCUGUGAGCUGCCCUCGCCACCGCUCACGUGAACGGACGCAGCGGCGAGCGCAGCUUGGAGCCACAUGCCGAUGUGCAAACGGACAGCUUCUUCACUCAACACGCAAAGUAAACAAACAUACGAGCGUUUGUAGCAACUUAGCCGGGGGAGCCGAGGUUGGUGUUGGACAGUGCUGUACAUCGCGACGCUCUGAAUGUGAAUAAGGCCUGAUGCUAGUGUGAGCAAAGCAGAGUCAGCAGCCGCAGUCAGCAGUGCAUCAGUUACAUUUUUAAGACACAAGGAUGUAAAUAAUUCGCCCCCUGAGACUUCAACAGCUCCAUGCUGGAGCACCACCGGCAGCAGGAGGCGAUAGAUUCUGCCGCGUUGUCGAGUGAACAACCAAAGCUUUCCACUUCAUGAGGCCAUCAUCUCUCCACUAACAAGGUCGCAUGACCUCCGCAUGGCGCCGGCAACAAGAAGUGGCAUGUGUCCUGCAGGACAGGAAGCGGUGGGACUUCUGUCUCCGGGAGAGGACGUUGUGCUGAGCAUGCUCGGGAUCUAGGACGAUGUGGCCGCACCGGCUGACCCCCUCCAGGAGGUCAGAAAACAAAUUUGGAUAGAAUUGCGUCAGAUGAGCCGCAGUGUUGGUCUGCGCUGGCAUCAGAUGUCUUCUCCUCUCCGAUUGGACAAAGUCCUCCACUGAUGGCGCCAGAUGAACUGCUGUUUAGCUGUGUGAGGACACGUCGGAGGAGCUGCUGCUGUUGCUGUUGGUGGUCUGAGCACGCUUGAUGUACAAGUUCAGGAGCUUCAUCUGCAAGCACACAACACUCACUGACUCCUGGGACAUCGCAAUGCAACAGCUCAUGAAAGGUCAGAACCUUGCUCCCGGUCAGCUGGGCCAAGUGAGGUUUGAGCUCCUCGCCGAUGACCGAGUAGAUGGCCACCAGACAGAAGACGCUGGCCUUGCGAACACUGCUCUCCGUGUUGUCGUAGCCCUGCAGACACAAACAAGCACUUCUAACUAGUGUUGUGGUCGCCACCACACCAGCCGAGUCAGAAUGCAGACUGGAACAUAUAGAGACCGAGACUACUGUAGAUUAAGACACUUGGAGCUCAAGACCUAGACAUUUGGAGGUCGAGACCAAGACAUUUGGAGGUUGAGACAGAGACAUAGCAAGACGGUGUAUAUCAGGAGCCGCAGUGGUGCAGGCACACACUGCUGAACCAAUCAGCUGCCGAUGAGAUGAGGAGCGGCGGUCUUCAAACGCCUGACUGGUGUGGGAAUUAUGAUAUUUUACUUAUGAUCAUAUUCAUCAAGUAUCUGCUAUUGUAUAAAUGCUUUGUCUAAUGAAAGACUGAAUUGAACAGACGCAGUGAUCAGGGGUGAGGUCACCUCAGUUUGAUCCAGUAUGAGAGGUGUGUGUGAUCAGGAUAGUGGGGACAGAUGCCUGGAUGGAAGAGUGAGUCAUGAAAGGCAGGAACCACCUGGUCCAGGACCAUGGAGGAACCCAGGAGACAUCUAACCCAGAACUGGUCCAAACAGCUUGAGUUGAGCCUGAGUUUGUGGGGACAAACAUCUGCCUUCCCCCAAGUGAAGGAAUGUGGAAGAUAAGGAACCUCUGGCACAGCGAUGGGUCAGGAGGAGGAAUGAUGGAGCCAGGCAUAGAUGGGACGAGCCAGUCAGAGGACAGGACCGGAUCAUCUGUUUACAGCUUUCCACCCAAAAAAGGCCAGGAAAUGGGCAACAACAAGAGGAUUCAUCAACGUCACUCCAAACCAAGGGGUGUCGAAACCAGAUCAGGAAUGUGGCGCCAUGGCAACUAGGACCCAAAGAGCCCAGGACCAAACAGUGGAGACUACACCCCAAGAUGAAGUGAAAUGUGUCAUAAAAGGGUCAGGGCCAGAGAUGGUCUCCUCUGUCAGGGAAUAAAUUCUUUUGGAUCUAAAGUUGCAGGUUUUUGGUAGUCAUUCUCACGAGUG